AUGGUUUAUGAUGUUGAGAGGCAGAAUAGGGAUUGGAGGAGGCUUCAGUACGAGCAUGAGGUUGGGAACAAUCCUCUAAAUUACGAUUCCUGGACUGGUUACAUACGGCUAGAAGAAGAUAGUGCUCCAGCUCCAGCCAAUAAGCACAGAAUUAGAGAGCUCUAUGCCAGAGCUUUAGCUAAUGUUCCUCCGCUUUGCAAGCUGCUUUGGAAGCGCUAUGUUGAUUUUUGGAUCGACUAUGCACGGUAUGAGGAAUUUGUUGCUGCUGGAGGAGAUGCCGUGGAACGAACCAGACAAGCGUAUAGGCAGUGCCUUGAAUUGAUUCCUCAUACCAAGUUUUCGUUUGCGAAAGCAUGGCUUCAUGCGGCCCAGUUUGAGAUUCGACAGCUGAAUCUCGAGGGGGCGCGCAAGAUCCUCGGCGCGUCAAUAGGCUGUGCACCUAAAGCUGCAAUAUUUGACAAGUACAUAGAGAUGGAGCUGAGACUUGGGAAUGUAGAUCGAUGUCGGAAACUGUAUGAGAAUUAUCUGGAUUGGUCACCACGGAAUAGCAAUAAUUGGGUCAAGUACGCAGAGCUAGAGAAGACUCUGGGUGAGGAAGAACGAGCAAGGGGGAUUUUCGAACUUGCCAUUGGGCAGCCGCAACUUGACAAGCCUGGAUUGUUGUGGAAGGCUUACAUUGACUUUGAGAGAUGGGAGGGUGAGGUUGAGAGAGCUAGACAGAUUUACGAGCAACCCAACAUCUCAGUUCAAAGUACCGACCGACACUUCUUUGAAGAGUAA